CAUUUGUUUAAGCCCCCUUUAAUGGCGACUUCAGCUUUCCAUUCCAUCGAAAGGGGAAAAGCAUCUGUCACGAAGAGAGUGUGUUUGUGAGUGGGGCUGCUUAUUUUAAAUCGAGCUCUUGCCCCCUUAUCGCACGCCGGAUUGGAUUCCCCCAUGUUGCCCCCACAAAUCUCGAAAGCUCUGGCCUUUACAGUUAUCUAUCAUCCCUGGAGACCCUCUGCUCCUGUUCUUGCUUUUCUGGGUUGAUAGUCUACAGAACUUUGCAUUUUUGUGAGUGCUAUUUCCAACAAUUGGAGCCCACAAUUCUUAGAACAGCGCGUUACUGAGUGCAUGCUGUAAAAUAAUAUGCAGCUCUAUCAUCACCCAUUUUCUUUGGACAGCCAAAAGGUGAGACUAGCUCUGGAAGAGAAGGGCAUCGAUUACACAUCAUACCAUGUGAACCCAAUAAUGGGAAAAAACUUUAGCCCAUCAUUCUUCCGGAUGAACCCAACUGCGAAACUCCCUGUUUUCCAGAACGGGUCACACAUUAUCUUUGAUACAGUUGAAAUAAUCCAGUACAUAGAGAGAAUCUCAAUGGUCUCGUUCAUUAGCGAUAACAUAAAAGAGAGCAACCAGGAGAUAAUACAAUGGAUGCACAAAAUACAGGCAUGGAACCCAAAAUUCUUCACCCUCUCUCACGUCCCCGAGAAACGGCGCCUCCAAGUGUCCAAGUUCAUAAGGCGAGUUGUGAUUGCAAGAAUGGCUGAAUCCCCUGACCUUGCAAGUGCCUACCACCAGAAGCUAAAAGAAGCUUAUGAGACGGAAGAGAAACUGAGGGACUCGGAAGUCGUAAGAUGGAGCAAGGAACAUCUAAUCAGGCUCCUCGAUGAGGUUGAUGAGCAGCUCGGUGGGACAGCUUAUCUGGGAGGGGAAGAGUUCAGCAUGGCUGAUGUUCUGUUCAUUCCUGUGCUUGCUCGAUUGGCGAUCUUGGACCUGGAGGACGAGUACGUAAACAGCAGGCCGAAUAUUGCAGAUUACUGGGCGAUGGUGAGGCAGAGGCCAAGUUACAAGAAGGUGAUUGGGAGGUAUUUCGGGGGGUGGAAGAAGUACAAGACACUGACUAAGACUUGGUGCUUUGUCAAGAUCAGAAGGAUGCUGAAGAAGUACUGACAAUGCCAUACGACAUCGUUACUAUAACAUGGGAGUGGUGAAUUGUAAAUGAUGUGGUGGGAUACAUUUGGAACUGGAAAUGAUUUGUUUCACAAUGAACUUUGUCCGUAACAACCGAAAAACGACGUUGGAUAUGUACGCUAUGUUUGUCCUGUGGAAAUAAGGUUCCUGGUAAAGUUAUUUUAAAAGGAAAUCAUAUUGGAGAAAUCCUUUCUAAUGUAUGGGAUUGUUACGAUGCAUAUAAAGUGCGUUUGUUUGUCUGAAUUUUGGAAAAUGAACUCAAGAAAAAUAAAAAGGGAAGAAGGUUUACUUGA